GUGGCACAAAACCACACCUCAGUGACUGAGUUCAUACUGGUGGGCCUCUCGAGGGACCCUGAGACAGAGCUGGUACUCUUUGUUAUCUUCCUGGUGCUCUAUGUGCUGACUUUGGCUGGCAAUUUCCUCAUCGUGGUGACUAUUGUGCAUGACCAUGCCCUCCACACACCCAUGUACUUCUUCCUGAGCAACCUCUCUUUCAUUGACAUCUGUCACUCCACAGUUACUGUGCCCAAGAUGCUGGCUGACUUCCUGUCCACUGAAAAGACCAUCUCGUUUGGAGGCUGUGUGGCCCAGAUGUUCUUCCUUCACCUUUUUGCCUGCACCGAGAUCUUCCUUCUCACCGUCAUGGCCUACGACCGCUACGUGGCCAUCUGCAAUCCUAUGCAUUACCUCACAGUCAUGAACCACAAAGUCUGUGGGUUGUUGGCAGGAACUAUCUGGCUAGGUGGCACGGUACACUCCCUCGCCUUGAUAGGCAUGACCCUCAAACUACCCUUCUGUGGCCCCCAGGAGGUAGAUAACUUCUUCUGCGAUGUUCCUCCAGUCAUCAGGCUAGCAUGUACCGACACUUACAUCAUCGAGGUCCUUAUUGUUUCCAACUCAGGGCUGAUCUCUGUGGUCUGCUUUGUGGUCUUGGUGGUCUCUUACGGUGUCAUAUUGGUCUCCCUUCGCAACCGUUUUGCUGAAGGCCGGCGCAAGGCACUCUCCACAUGUGCAGCGCACCUCACAGUGGUGACUCUCUUCCUGGGGCACUGCAUUUUCAUUUACUCCCGCCCCUCCACCAGCUUCAAGGAAGAUAAGGUCGUAUCAGUCUUUUUCACAGCCGUGACCCCAUUGCUCAACCCCAUUAUCUACACACUGAGGAACGAGGAUAUGAAGCGGGCACUCAAUAAGCUGGUUGGUCAGAAGGUGAAUGUGGAGAAGAACUCUACAACUUGCAAUCCUUAUAGCGUCAAACUUCCCUUCUUCAUCCCAACUUCAGCGCGGGCCAGCAUGAUACCUGGAAAUGACACCACCGUGAAAGAGUUCAUCCUUUCAGGACUUACCACGAACCACAACGUUGAACUGGCGCUCUUUGCUUUCUUCAUCGUCAUCUACACAUCGAUCCUCAUAGGCAACAUUCUUAUUGUCGCCACUAUCGUCUACGACCAUCAUCUCCACUCCCCGAUGUACUUUUUCCUCAGCAACCUCUCCUUCAUUGAUGUUUGCCAUUCCUCAGUCGUCAUGCCCAAGAUGCUCGCCGACUUCCUAACAGAGACCAAGACCAUCUCUUUCGGAGAAUGUAUAGCCCAGAUGUUCUUCCUGCACCUCUUUGCCUGCACCGAGAUCUUCCUCCUCACCAUCAUGGCGUAUGACCGCUAUGCCGCCAUAUGCAAUCCUCUCCAUUACGCAACCAUCAUGAGCCGCCGGGUCUGCCUCCAGUUGGCGGUGGCCAUGUGGUUGGGUGGGUUGCUCCAUUCCAUCGCUCUGACCGCUUUGACGCUCAACCUGCCUUACUGUGGCCCCAACGACAUCGACAACUUCUUCUGCGACGUGCCCUUGGUCAUCAAACUGGCCUGUGCCGACACUUAUGUCUUUGAAGUCCUCAUAGUCUCCAAUUCAGGGCUUAUCUCAGUUGUCUGCUUUGUAGUUCUGGUGAUCUCCUAUGUGGUCAUCCUCAUCUCCUUGAGGAACCGCUUCUCUGAGGGACGGCGGAAGGCUCUGUCCACUUGUGCUGCUCACCUGACAGUGGUGACCUUCUUCCUGGGGCAUUGCAUCUUCAUCUACCUCAGGCCAGCCAAGAGCCUGGCAGCAGACAAGGUGGUUUCUAUUUUCUUCACGGCUGUCACUCCCCUACUCAACCCUGUCAUUUACACGCUCCGUAAUGAGGACAUGAUCAGUGCUCUGAACAAACUACGAGGGCGACAGGUCACUUCAGGAGAAAAGGGGCAGUAA